AUAAUUACAAAUAUGCAUCAACGUCAACAUUUAUGGAUGGCUGGAAAUUAUUCAGUGAUAUUUUCUUUUGUAAAAUCAAAUCACAAAUGAAUAAAUUGUACAUAAAGAAUCCAGAAACAUCCUCAAACGGCAUAUAUACAUAUAUAUAUAUAUAUAUACAUAAGUAAAUCAAAGCUGCACAGAAUGAGAAAGGUCAGAUGAGUUGGAUUAAAAACUCAACAUGUACCUGAAAUUUAACUGAGUGAUAAACAUUGAAUUAUCUGGAUGAAAUAAACUGCUGACAUGUUGGCAGAAAAUGUUUCCUGCUGAGUGAAAAAUAUAAUGUUGUUCAUCUCUUUAUAGUCAGUCAGCCUGUUGAAAUGAGAUCCUACAAUCUUCUGCUUCUUUGUGGCAUUUUGAGGACGUUUCUAUUCCUCUAAAGUGAAGCUGAACAUGAAGAGUCACAUUUUCUUUUUGACACUUUUGUGAGUGACAUUCUGGCGUCAUCUGCUGGCGACAAAAUGACAUGACAACAUUUCUGAUGCUGAAUGACACUCAGAGAAGGAUCUGAAAAUAGAUUUUGAAAUUGUUGAUCAGAGCACAGCUGCUAUUUUAAGGAGUGAGACUCUGCUGUAACACACGUUUGGAGUUUAUCAACUGAAGAAGUGAAGAGACACGUUGGUGAGUCCUGCUGACUGAAAUAUAACUUCAGUUAAGAAUGGCUGAGAAAAUUGCUCUUCUUGAAAGUUACCUGAGCUGCCAUGUGUGUUCAGAGACUUUCAGAGAUCCUGUGUCUCUGAGCUGCAACCACAACUUCUGUUCAAGCUGCCUGCAGAAACUCUGGGAACAAGCUAAAAACAAAAACUGUCCCAUUUGUAAAAGAAAAUCAUCAAAAGAAUUUAUAGUGAACUUUUCACUGAAGAAACUGGCUGACUGCUUUGCUGGGAGACAGAAAUCUGGAUCAUCUGAGACAGAAAAAGAAGAGAAGAAGCUGGAGGUGGUGUGUAGUAAACAUCCAGAAGAGACUAAACUGUUCUGUGAGGAUGAAGACAGAGCUGUGUGUCCUGUCUGUGAGUUUUCUCUCCACCAGAGUCACAAAGUGGUUCCGAUAGAACAAGCAGUCAGUGACCUGAAGGACCAGCUGAAAUCUGACUUACAGUCUCUGCAGGACAAGAGGGACAAAUAUGAAGAAGUGGAGGAAACAUACAAUGAAGUGACUCAACACUCCAAGAAGCAGCUGUUGUCCACAGAGAGACAGAUCAGAGCAGAGUUCAACAAGCUCCACCAGUUCCUGAGAGAGGAAGAGGAGUCCAGACUGGCAGCUCUGAGGGAGGAAGAGGAGCAGAAGGGGAAGACUAUCAGCAGAGAGAUGAAGAGGAUUCAGGAGCAGAUCUCCUCUCUGUCAGACAGUAUCUCUGCUGUUGAAGAAGAGCUGCAGAAACACAACGUGCCAUUCCUCAGCAGUUAUAAAGCCACUCAGACCAGAGCCAGAGUCCAGUGCUCACUGUCAGAUCCACAGCUGCUCUCAGGAGCGCUGAUAGAUGUGGCCAAACACCUGGGCAACCUGUCCUUCAGAGUCUGGGAGAAGAUGAAGGAGAAGGUCCACUUCAGUCCUGUCAUUCUGGACCCAAACACUGCAGCCUACAGUCUCUAUCUGUCUGAUGAUCUGACCAGUGUGAGACAUGGAGACACAGUGAAGCAGCAGCUUCCUGACAAUCCAGAGAGAUUCACUAAGUAUGCCAAUGUUCUGGGCUCUGAGGGCUUCAGCUCAGGGAAACACAGCUGGGAGGUGGAGGUGGGAGAUCAUCCUCGCUGGAAUAUAGGUUUGGCUAAAGAGUCAGCUGACAGGAAGGGAGAGGCAGAUGCUUCACCGAAAGAUGGAAUCUGGUGUUUACUUCAUCGUGAUGGAAAAUACACUAAUGUUGUUGGUAAGACUGUCAAAGUGAAGAAGAGUCUCCAGAGGAUCAGAGUCCAGCUGGACUAUGACAGGGGGGAGGUGUCCUUCUACGACCCUGAAGACAUGACUCACAUCUACACUCACAGAGACACUUUCACUGAGAAACUCUUCCCAUAUUUUGGUAUUGUAAAGGCUGGUGAUGCUAAAACUGCUGAUAUCAAAAUCUGUCCAACAGAUUUUUCUCUGUAAUUUUCAGGAAUGUUAAUGUUUGUUCAGACUUUAUUCUGAUUUCAUCAUCUAUCUAGAUCUCAGUGGAAUCAUUUAAAGACAAAAGUUGUAAAUAUAAACUCAAUACUCGAGCUGCAUUACAGGUGAUAAACAAUCAUACAGGUUUAAAUCAGUUCUAAUGUUUGGAUUUUAAGAAACAGAUUUAGUGUUUUAGUGACAACAGUUAUAAAUAUUAAUUCAUCCUGAUUAUCAACAUUUAAUUUAAAAUCAAAUAUUUUAGUCUUUCAUCAGUUUUAGUUUUUUAUUUGUUGGGUUUUUGAUGAAGUUUUCAGUUUAAUCAGUUAUUUCAGUUUUGGAUCUGUUGUUUUAUUAAAUGUUGCAAUAUUUUAUUUUCAUUCAGUCUUUAAUUCUUACACUGCUUCUUCAUACUGUAGAUGAUAUUUUUUGUAGUGUACACAUGGUGAAUAACAUGAAUGAUAAAUGUCAAGUUUGUGAUGAACAAAAUGGAAAUACCAGCAGAACAAUUUAGUUUGUUUCCUCAAUUAAAUAUAUUAAAAA